UUGCUCACAGAGGUGAGUCUCGCCCUGUGACUUCCUGUCUCAGCAAGACCCCACAAAAAGGAAACCAGUCUCACCAGAGUUCACGCUGACAAUCGACACUGCAGACAGUCAAAGACUCAUCACCUGUCUCAGUGUGGAUGUGAAGGAUCGGAGCUUGAAUGAACCGGGAUUAGAAAGAUCUUCCUCCAUGUUCGCAGUGGCUCCCUCCAGUCCCACCAGUCACGCGGGGCCGGCUCUGGUCCAGUUCCAGCUCGGCCUGUUCAGGGAGGAGGUUCGGGUCCCUCCUGGAAACCUGAGCUACCGCCAUGCCAAGAGGCUGGCCAUGGAGAUCAUAGAGCGCAAGGCUCCAGACUGCAGCGUGAUCGGCGUCGGGGAGAAAAUCCUGCUGUUCAGACAUCAGGCCGCCUCCGAGCAGCUGCUGCACCGCCUGACGGACCGCGACGAGCUGCAGCAUGGAGACCUCAUCGAGGUCAUCAUCGCAGGAUCAGCAUCAGUGACUGAGAUGAGGAUCCGUCCACACUCUUUGGCGGUCCAGUCAUACCGGACUCCUACCUUCUGUCACCACUGUGGAGAAAUGCUGUGGGGUCUCGUUCGACAGGGAUUAAAAUGUGAAGGUUGUGGAUUAGACUUCCAUAAACGUUGUGCUUUCCAUUUGCGCAACGACUGCAGUCGAGCACGCCGUCAGGUUAACACGAGCCUCUCCCUGUUUCCUCCCCAACGACCCCGUACACACUCCCUGUCCAAUCAGGCAGGAGGCAGCCUGGAAGAGGUGAGGAACAUGUUACGUUUUUCCACACUCAACUCAGAAAAUCAGAAAAACCAACUCUCAUCAUCCAUCCAUCAUCAGAUCAGCAUGUUCAAGCCCUCGUCCAGGCCUCCGUCUUGGGCUGAGCCUCCCAUCUGGCUGGGAAUCGGUCACGGUGACGGCAGAGCUCAGGUCCCUCACACCUUCCACAUCCACAGCUACACCAAACCCACCAUGUGCCAAUACUGCCACCGGCUGCUCAAAGGGCUCUUCAGACAGGGGCUGCAGUGCUCAGACUGCAGGUUUAACUGCCAUCGGCGCUGUCAGCUGCUGGUCCCCAGAGACUGUCCAGGGGAGAAGAGAAGCGUCAACGGGGAAGAAGCCACAGACGUUUUUCCCGGCCUCCAUCCAAACGUGGACUACAGUGAUUCACAGUUCACCAGUGUGACAACACUAGAAAGCUCCGACGAUGAGAUGUCCACUGAGGGAGACGCUGUGACUGACGCCAAGCAACCGCGAGAGCCAAUGAGUCCGUGCUUCAGCAGCAACAUCCCUCUGAUGAGGCUCGUCCAGUCGGUGCAUCACACCAAGAAGAGAGCCGGCGCAGUGCUGAGAGAGGGAUGGCUGCUGCAUCACACCAGCUCUGACACACUGAGGAAACGUCAUUACUGGAUCUUGGACUGGAAGAGCAUCACUCUGUACCAGAACGAGAGCAGCAUCAAGUACUACAAGGAGAUCGCGCUCUCAGAGGUGCUGCAGGUGCGAGGCCCCGCCCAGCUCUCCGUGCCCUUGUUGCCAGACAACAGCCCCCACUCCUUCGAGGUUGUGACGGCCUCGCUGGUGUACUGCGUGGAGGCCGGCGUGAACGGGCCGGCCUGGGAGAGCGCCAUCCGUCAGGCCCUCAUGCCCGUCCAGAGCAGCAGCGGGUACGGCGAGGAGAACCAGGAUGAAGACUCACACAGAGCGGACAUCAGCUUGGUGUAUCAGAUCUUCACAGAUGAGAUUUUGGGCUCAGGACAGUUUGGAGUGGUGUACAAAGGCACUCACAGGAAGUCGGGUCGGCCAGUCGCCAUCAAAGUCAUCGACAAGACGCGUUUCCCCACCAAACAAGAGAGACAGCUGAGGAACGAAGUGGCAAUCUUACAGAACCUGUCCCACUGUGGCGUGGUCCUGUUGGAGGGGAUGUUCGAGACGGUGGAGCACAUCUUUGUCGUCAUGGAGAAACUUCAUGGAGACAUGCUGGAGAUGAUCCUGUCCAGUGAGAUGGGCCGACUCCCUGAACGCAACACUCGGUUCCUGGUCACACAGAUCCUUGAGGCUCUGCGGUACCUGCACUUAAAACAUAUCGCUCACUGUGACCUGAAACCUGAGAACGUGCUGCUGGCCUCUGCAGACCCUUUCCCCCAGGUGAAGCUGUGCGACUUCGGCUUUGCCCGCAUCAUCGGCGAGAAGUCUUUCCGUCGCUCGGUCGUGGGUACACCUGCCUACCUGGCGCCCGAGGUGAUCAGCAGCAGUGGCUACAACCGCUCCCUGGACAUGUGGUCCGUGGGCGUCAUCACGUACGUGAGCCUGAGCGGCACGUUCCCCUUCAACGAGGAGGAGGACAUCAAGCAACAGAUCACCAACGCUGCCUUCAUGUACCCACGACAACCCUGGGCCUCCAUCUCACUCGAGGCUGUGAGUCUCAUCAACAACCUUCUGCAGGUGUCGGUUAGACGGAGAUACAGUGUGGGCAAAGCGCUCGGACACCCCUGGCUGCAGGACUUCCAGCUGUGGUGCGACCUCAGGGAGUUCGAGCAGAGGAUGGGCUGCAGGUAUCUGACACACGAGGGGGAUGAGCAGCUCUGGAUGCGCUACGCCCAGGAGAGAGGCUUGGACAUCUCAUCCCACCUGUGCUGGAGUCCUGACGACGGCAACCCCGACAUGUGACCUCAGUAUGAAGCCAGGUGAUCGAGUCUCUCCAGGCGGCGGAUCUCAGUCAGGAGCCACUCCUCGUAGCCCUUCUCCACCUGUUCCAGACCCUUCCAGGCGUUGGCAAUAUCCUGGCGGAGAGAGAGAACAAGAGCUCGUUUGAGGGAACUGAGUGUUCAGGAUGUGAAUAAUGAAAUGUGCGCCUCUGAACAUUUUAAUCUACAUGUAAAUUUCUGAGAAGUUUUAAAUUAGUUCUCCAUUAUUAGAUGAACUGCAGCUACUAUUUACAUUUUAAAUCCGGCUCUAAUUGUCUGUAAAAUGUUCUAUGCAAGUUUUUCAUUCCUUCGGGUAACACUUUUGCACCUUUUCACUUUUGUUAAAUUAAAUUUCUGUAGUUUGGUGAGGA